AUGGCCAUGGCUUGGCUGCUCCUGCUCUUGCUGGUUCCAGCUGCCGGGAAGACUUGCCCCAGCGGAUGUAAAUGUUCGAAGGGGCCUGGUGGUGGUGAUUGCGGCAUGACCGUGACAUGUCGAAAUCUCAUUGCUGGCUUUCCAAAAGGAGAGCAGUACCCUGAAGGCCUGGACUGCCUUUUCAUCCACAGCCCAAAGCUACGGCACUUGCCCCUGGAACAAAAGCAGGCUGGGCUGCAAGCCAUACCUCCAAGCGUUCGCCGCCUGGACCUGUCUGAAAGCCGACUGCGGCAACUUCCAGGUCGGAGCCUUCCUCGACGACUGCGAGUUUUGCUGGAGAUGCUUCCGAAAGAUGUUUUUGAGGGACUGUCCAAGCUUCGAGUGUUGAAGCUGCUGGACAACCCUUUCACACCGCCACUAAGCAGGAGACAUCCCGCCUUCGAUAAACUCUUGAAAGACAAGGUGCUGCAGCAGCUAGACCUCGAAGAGGACUCGGGCGACGCCUUGGAGGACCAGUGGGAGGAAACCGCAACAUACCUAUCAGAUGACUUCUCAAUGGGUCCCUUGCCCAAAGAAAGGCCGGCAAACGAUGGAGACGAGACGAAAGGAAUGGGUUUCUUGCACAACACGCAACUGCGCCACUGCACAGGACUGACCAUUCUGGAGCAGCUCACAUUCUUGGGAUUCGAUAUGCACCCUGCAGAGCUGCAGCCUUGGCUUUCAACGCUGCGGCAUCCGGGCACAGCGCCGCAGCGGGCGUUGUGCUUCAACCCGAGUUUGAGAGUGACAGACUUUGAGGAGCGCUUCGUGGGAACCAAGUCCAGUGCUUCUGUGCUUCUGAUUGAGGCUGGAGGCGAAGCACAUCGAUGUGCGCUGACUCAGACGGCUCGGAAUGCAUUUCGAUGUUGGCAAUCAGAGAUCGAUUGGGGUUUUCGAACAACACCACAACAGCACUUGUUGCCCAGAGGUCGGGUGCUCGACCUUGAGCGUGGGAAGACCACCGGUGGCUCUAGCGCCAUCAAUUACAAUCUUUGGGUGCAUGGUGCUCCACAAGAUUUUGAUCGUUGGGCAGAACAGUAUGGUUGCAAGGGGUGGAGUUACAAAGAAGUUUUGCCUCAUUUCAAAUCGAUUGAGAAAGUCACUGGCUCCUACGGAGAUUCACGCGGAAAGGAGGGUCCUGUAGCUGUGGCAGAGUUGUUCCCUCCACUGCCCGAAGUGGAAGACUUUAUAAAGGCUUGCGAAGAACAUGCUGACGCUCAACGAACGUUGGACUACAAUGCUGGACAACUGUCGGGAGUGGCACCUGUACAAUUGUGUACAAAUGGUUCCGGUGGAGGACGUCAAGAUUGUUUCUCCGUCUUUGUAGAGCCUUUGCUUCGAGAGUUUCCGACCUUCCAAGUUGCAAGUGAGAGUUUUUGUAGAAAAGUGUUGCUCGAACAGUCUAAUCUUCAAGCGAGAGGUGUUGAGCUGGAACUGCGAACGGGCGAAAUCCUUCAAAUUCAAUGCCGAAAGGAAGUGAUUUUGAGCGCUGGAGCCUUGCUUUCUCCGCAACUCUUAAUGCUGUCGGGGAUUGGAGAUGAACAUCAUUUGCGAAAGCACGGUAUCGAAUGCCUUCGCCACCUACCAGCCGUGGGAAGGAACCUCUCUGAUCAUGCAAUCAUCCCAGUGUUGGCACAGAUGACCGAAGGUUCGAAAUUCUUGGGAAACCGCGUUCGAAAUUCUUGCGGAACUCAUGGUGUUUACUUCUGGCAGUCAAACAUUGGCAAGAGCCGUGAGGAGCGGCUUGGAAGGUCAAUGGGCAGCGACUUGGAAACCAUUUUUAACUCACGCAUUGAGCUCAGCUCCGUGUCACUGCAAAGCUCAGAUCCUCAUGUCUUGCCCGUGGUAGAUCCCAACUACUUCUCUGAAAAGGAGGAUGUGGAUGCCAUGGUGGAAGCCUUCAGGCGGAUGAUGCGCAUUUUUGCUGCCCCUUCUUUUGCAAAAUAUCUUGAGAAAUUUCAUCCAUCGACUCCAAGAGCAGACGCUGGUGAGGCUGAGAUUAGUGACUAUGUGCGGAGCAGUUCCAGGACGACUUGGCACUACUCCUGCACCACUCGGAUGGGCAUCACAGAGAAAGACUCGGUCUGCGAUCCGGAAGGUCGAGUGCAUGGGGUGAAGAAUCUUCGAGUAGCUGACGCAGGUCUUAUGCCCGAAGUGGUUAGUGGAAAUACGCACGCAGCGUGCCUUAGGCAGAAAAUGAGUUUGUGGCUCAACCUUGCCUACGCACACCAGUCCAAACCUGGCAUCCAACCUUCAAAGGUGCGUGAUGAUUGGAGAUCGAAGCUUGGCAAGCCCAACAGUAAUCAUGAAUUCAUUUGCAAUUCAUCCGAAUUCCUUUUGAAGCGGCCUUAA